AUUCAACAAACAUCUCCGCUGCAUCUCAGAGCAAGGCGGGGAGAGGCGGGGAGAGGCGGGGAGAGGAGAGAGGGGGUGGCUCCAUCAUCGUAAGAGCAGGGGGGCUCGGCCGCUGUUGUGAAUGAGGGCCAGCAUGACGUCAGGAAGCCAAUGUCAACAAUGCAGCUCCUAGAGGAGAAAAGGCGUUUCAUCCUAACACACACACACACACACACGGGAGACUAGUCCACCACACACCGACUGAUGCGUACGGUCCAUUAGAAGCAGCGGUUCUGGCUGAAGGAGGGCUGCGGAGAUAAAACACGAUGCGGACUCACUGUUUUUUCUGAGGAACCGAACGAAGACGAGCAGGGGAGAAAAAAACCGGGGUGUUCGAGGGAGUAAUGUCGACAGGCGAGGAGCAGGAUGGUGAGGCGGUAGCGCCCGUGUACGUGUACGAAUCCAAGGUCCACUGUGCCAAUGUGCUGUUGAGCCUGGAGGAGCAGCGGCGGCAGGGCAUCCUGUGUGACGUCACCAUACUGGUGGAGGGAAGGGAGGUGCGCGCACACAGGGCUGUCCUCGCUGCCAGUAGCCGCUACUUCCUGCAGGCUCUGUUGGGGCACAACGGAUCACCAGGCGAAGUGGAGCCCAUCAUUAAUCUGCCAGACAAGGUUACCGCUAAAGGUUUCGCUCCGCUGCUCCAGUUUGCCUACACAGCAAAGCUGGUUUUAAGCCGAGAAAACAUCCAUGAGGUAAUCCUGUGUGCUGACUUCCUGGGUGUUCACAAUCUGGAGGACUCUUGCUUCCGGUUCCUUCAAGCCCAGCUACAGAAUGACGACCAACAUGCCAGUAACAGCAAGGUGGAAUAUGAUGACGACAUUACGGCUGAGGGAGCUGUCUUUUCUGAGGGAGUAUCCUUGGAUGAUUCUACAGAGGCAAGGCAGCAGAGCAAUCAUGUAGCAAAUACUGUAUCUCCUCCCGCUGACCUUUCUCAGUGUCCUAAAUACAGGAAAUAUCAGUACCAGAUCUGUGACAACAAGCACAAUGGAGAGAACCAUGGCAGUGACAAUGUUAUUUUGGCCAACCAUACCUCAGUCAGCCCUGUGAGCUCACAGCUUACAGACAGAAGUGCUACACAAACUCUUCUUACACCCUCCAGGAUCAAAGAGGAACAAUUUGUGUUUGAGGAAGAAGGAGAUGAAAGAAGUGGUUGCAACACAGAGUUGUGUACAGAGGAGGUACUGGAGAUGGAGCUAGAGGUAGAAGGGGUUCCAGUAGCAGCUGAGCACUCUCCGAGCAGAGGUUCGCCCUCUUCCUGCCUGCGCUCGUACCUCCAAAGAGGUGGCCUGGAUCUCAGCAGUGUGCCCAGCACUACCAUCCAACAGCUACUCACCAACAGACUGUCACUCAACCACUACAGGGAACUAGUCAAAGAAAGGCAGAGGGAUAAGAGAGAAUCUUUGGGUCGAGUGGACCUCAAGACCGGCGUUGCAGAUGUGAUACCAGCAGCACUGACUGGUAUUGGCAAGAACAUGGAAAGGCCGGUGUCCAAAGCAUCGUCCUCUAAACAUGAGGGUGAACUAGACAGAUGCAGUGUUAUUUUCUCUUCAGCAGGUAGCGAGCGACAAAUGUUGGCCCAUUCUUACAUGGAUGAGAAGUUCAGAGAAAAAGUCUCAACCCUGAUGCAGGUUGAAGCUCCUUCUUCUGGUCAGUCAUGCCUCACCACCAGCUGCCCUAUUCCCAUCAAAACAUCAGCCCACUCCCCUCCUCCUUCUGAGCCCCGAACCCAAACUUCCAGCUCCCGUUCCUCAUUCUCUUACCCAGAGGACACAGGCAGUGGUAGCUCACCUUCCAGCCUUCCCCAUUUUGACUUCUCGUCAUCUCCACACUCAGGCUCCACCUCUGGACUGUCUCACUGCCUGGCUGGGGUAGUGGAGCAGAGGAACCCCCACAGUGGAGAGGUGGUCUUCUCUCAGGGUUGCAACAAGAUCAAAAGUGAACGGGGAUUCGGUGCAAGCGGUGGCAACUCCAGCGACGAAUCAGGCUCUUUCUCAGAGGGGGACAGUGAAAGCGGCAUCUCCAGAGUCUCUGGCCCUGAGGUGAAGCUGCCCUUCCCUGUGGACCAGAUCACCAACCUGCCACGCAAUGAUUUCCAGAUCCUCAUCAAGAUGCACAAGCUGACCUCAGAGCAGCUGGAGUUUAUCCACGACAUCCGCCGCCGAAGCAAAAACCGCAUCGCCGCCCAGCGCUGUCGCAAGAGGAAGCUUGAUUGCAUCCAGAACCUGGAGGGCGAGAUCCGCAAACUGGUGUGCGAGAAGGAGAAGCUGCUGAGCGAGCGCAACCAGCUGAAGGUUUGUAUGUCCGAGCUGUGGCAGAACCUCUCCUUUCUCUCCCAGCAAGUGUGCAGAGAGGUUCAGGGCACCCAGCCGCCUCCCGUCUCCGCCAGCAUUGACCUCACAUCCAACCCGCCAUCGCCUUCUUCUGACGAGGGCUCGUCCCAGCCCAGAUCACCUGUGUUGCAGCACAGCGACGGUGCAUGUCUGUCCGAGGUGGGUCCCAGCCAGGGGGAACUGGAGGAUAGGCGGCCUGGGGUGGAGGUGUCAGGUCUGGGCCAGGAGAACCCUGAGUGUCCACUGGUGCUUGGGUCCACUGAGGAAGUAUGUAGCCCCACUGUAACAGUGGAUUUCUGUCAGGAAAUGACUGAGAAAUGCACAACGGAGGAACAGAAGAGACAGGCCUGUACUUAGAGUCUGAGGACACACUCACACUUGUCUAUACGUUGAUAUUUGAAGUAUUUUUUUUUUCUUUUUGUAAUGAUAACACAAGCGUUGUCUUAUCAGCAAUACUGUUCAACAGGUAUUUUUGGACUGGUGAUAAAAACAAAAGCACUGGCAGCUCUCUCUCUCUCUCUCUCUCUCUCUCUCUCUCUCUCUCUCUCAUCCUGACUUCUUCUUCCUGUCAGCUUCCCUCCCUCUCACGUGCAUCAUGGGAGGAUAAACUCAGGAAUUCCUCAGAAUGUUCCGUAAUGUCCCUGUUAACAUACACUUUGCUUUACAGUCCUGUCACAUCUUGAUAAUUAUUAAUUAUGCGUGUACAUUUGGUUUACAUUUAUACAUAAAUUCAUGACUUCGUUCAGAUUUUUCAGCAUCUUCUGUUUCACAGGAUGAUAGCCCUGUAGUCACCCCGUGAAUAGUUUAGAUAGCUGCUUUUGUUGGGUUCUGUGUUGGUGAUUCAUGAAUCCUCAUUUAUUGUAUUAGUGUUAAUAUUCAUAGCAGUAACAUGAUCUUUGCAGCCAUUUUGCCUCCUGAUGCUGAAGUACUGGAGGUCUUUUUACCUAAAUGGAGAUACUCUUGAUAUUUCUGACAACAAAUUACAACUAGAAGACUAAUAGCAGCAAACAAAGGAGAUACGAAAUGUUCAGUGAGCUUUAAUGGUGUUGGUUGCUCGGGUUCAGGUUAGCCGUUACCCCCUGCUUCCACUCUUCUAUGCUAAGCUAGGCUAACCAUGUGUAUCUUCUCACCUCACUCUAAGACGGACACAAAAGAUUUCAUGAGCUUUAGUCCCAUGACUCAACAUCCAGAGUGAUCCAGGAAUUGUUAAGUGACACAGGACUUUAAAGUAAAUUGUUACCAAAGGUAUAUUUUUAAAACACAUUGGAUGAAAUGAUCAAAUGAGCUCUCAUUAUGCAAAGUUGUUUUUGUUGAUCUUCACUUUUACUUUUCAUUGUACUCAGAUGGACAUUCCUUCACAUUACUCUUCUCCCAUUUGUUUCACAUCUGUGCUAAGAGACAGAACUACAUUUGAAGCACUGCCCAGCUCCUCGUGGCACUUAAAACAAGUCCUGCACCAAACACCUGGUGUUCAAAUAGAUUACCAGACCAUAAUUUAUAUUUCUGCUGACCAUUUUCCAAGGAAUGACGCAUAGUUCUUAGUUGAUUUCAUUAAUACCUGCUCAGUGGGAGAAUCAACAUGCAGGAAAGUUGCUUAAGCUUUAUUCGUUACAUAAUUUCUGCUUUUGUUGUUGACGCACUUAGUCAAACUGGUUUUCUAAUUAUUUCUUACAAGGCACUGGAAGGUGGUUGUCAGUGUUAACUUUCUUUACCAGAGAAAAGUCUGUGUAGCUGAAUGACAAUCAAGCAAGUUAUUCAACAAAUAUAAUAAUUUAAUUCGAUGAUAAUUUUCCAAUCAAUUGAUUUACAUUAUUCUAUAUUAGCUGAUCUCUAUUGAGAUCUUGGCAGGUAUUUAACUUAACAAUGUUAUGAUCUUCAACAGGAAACUAGAUUUUUACUUCAUGUUAUUUUAUAUUCAGUAUAAAAUUUAAAAAACUUAAAUUAAAUUAAAUUACUGCAGCUGUUAUAUAAAGUGUUACCUGACAUUGUAAUUGAUAACUGACUUGGAGAGUCGAUCAGGACCAAAAAACUAAUGAACAAACAAAAAUCUGAAAUAACAACAGACAUGCUGUUCAUGGGAUGAAUUUAUUAAUCCAUCUGCCUGCAAGGUCAUAAAAAAAUACUGCAUCAUGCUUUGGAAAAUGGAUGGCUGUAAUGUAAAGUAAACGUACUGGUGAGGUCAUUGAUGCUGAUCACAAGUCCUCUUUAUGACCCGUUUAUUUAUUGUCUUCUAAGUAGUGAACUAAAUGUUUGUACUUAUGGUAAUCAUGUAUUUAGCUGCACUGUUCUUGUAUUGUACAUAAGACAGAUAUCCCUACUAAAUGUAUUUGGUACAGUAUGUUGGUGUAAGACACCCACAAUUUCAAAUACACAUGUGAAUUUGAAAUACUAAACAAAAUGAUCAGUUUCUACUUACAGAUCAGUAUCCUGAAUAGUGUGUGCUACGUAACUCAGAGCUCCAAACAAACUGGCAUGUUAUUGAUUUAGGGAGAUGCCAAAUUCAUCUGCUGUUGAAAAGUCAAUGGUGAGGCACGUGGCAGGCCCGAGUGCUGCUGCUGCCUGUGGAUGUCCAUGCUGACCAUGUUUGGGCUUCUUUUGUGUUGAAGUCAUGUUUAGUGCAGGAAGCCCAAACUAGAAACUCAAAGUCGCAAUUUUUCAUUCCACUUGAUUUAUCAGAAAUGUGUUAUUAGCUCUUCAAAUAAAGGGCUUCUGUUUCCCACAAGGAGUGGAAUAUUUGAAUAAAAACCAUGUGGCUCUGUAUUAUAAUGGCAGCCUGACCGUGUUAGUAAGCUUCAGCAUCCCAGAGAGGUCUCGAAUGAAAACAUAAAAUGUUGUUGAAAAAAAAACAACAAAAAAAAACAAGUGACCGUACCCAUGACAUCACCACAGGACCUGUUAGCCAAUGAUAAUCUCAUUAGAAUGUACUGAAUGCUCAGAGUACACUGAAGAACACGACUCAGCUGGUUUUCAUAGACUUUCAUUCCUUAAUGUGAACUUGUUAAUUUAUUUAUUUGGACUCUUGUUGUUGGGGGUUGGGUUGGGUUGGGUCGGGUCGGGUGUAGAGGAAAAUUGCAUAGAUGUAAAAUGUAGGUCACCCUUUCUUAGAAUAGAUUUUUUUUUUUUUUUAUUGUUGAUGAUUUCAUGAAAACUAAGUCUUCAUUUCCAAAUGACACAUGUACUUACUCAAGCUGUAAUAUUUGAACUUAAAGGGGCGUGAGUAUGUUUACAAUUUUAUGUAUUAUCUGUUCUGUUUGUUUUGUAAAGAUAGAACUAAGACCUGGAAAUUAAGUUAAAUAGAAAAGCUGGUGAAGUUCUUUUUUUAUUCACGAGUUCAAAGUGUUGAUGAAUUUGUGAGAAAAAAAAAUGCAUCUGACAAGUGCAGCUACAACUUCCUGCCUUAGAGGUUACAGAGGCCAAACUAUGAGUGAGGGAAAAACCAUUGAGACCACUGAGAGGAAACCACACGGCAGCUUUAAGAAACCACAUGACCCCCACUGUUUGUUAAAAAUGACACCUCGAGGGGGAAACACAAACAGCAUAAAAUCAUUUUUGUUUGAUUAUACAUAAAGCUCGCCUUUGUGACAAAAACUGAAAUCCAGCACCCUGAAAGUAUGGAGACCCAACGUGUGCAAUAUUAAUUAAAGGAAAUAAUCAGAUCAAUAAAUACAGACAAAACAUAACCAAGAAACUGAGAAGGAAUUACAGAGUUGUGUUAAUAACCAAAAUAAAAUGACCUGUAAUAUGUUUCAUAGUGAAAAGAAACAACAUUCCACAAUAAUCAUCAAGUUUUAAAACAGUGAUUAUUUAACAAUGUAUUUAUUUAAUAUUAACAGAUGUGGGUCUCUUAGCAGAAAAGCUAAAUGCUCUCUAAGUGUCACCAAGAUUUAAAAUAGGACCAACAGUUUGAAAUAUGAAAAUGUACUUGAUGUCAAUAGUCAGUUACAUUCCUGUAAAAAUGAGGCUUCAGAUCAUUUUGUUGCAUUAAAUAAUGUAAUAAUUAAUAACUUUUUUUUACAGAACGUAACAGAUGAAUAAAUGUCAUGAAAUGAUUCUGUGCCUCAUUUUGACUCAAGUCCUCUCCUGCUACAAACAACACCUGUUGGUUCAACUGAAGCUACAGAGAUUUUAAAAAUCUAUAAAAAUUACAUUUUUGAAGUCCAAAUCUGAGAGUAUAAUAUGGACACUGCACAAUCCUCCUCAUGUAUGGAAUAUGAUUAGAGCACAAAAAGUAGAAUUUUGAAAAAUAGUCACAAAUCUGAAGUCUGACAUGAACAUGUCAUUAAAUUAUGACUCAAAUGGUUCUAAUCGGCUUCCAUAUACAUAUACCAGUCAUCAGUGUCUAAUAGUUUUAGUUGACUAGUUAGCACUGGUUAGUCAGACAUGUAAAACAAGCUCAAUUUUAAAUUCAACAUGCUGAUAAUGGAAUCUAAAGGGACAUGCCAAUGUUUACUUUUUCUUUUGUAUUAAUAUUACUGCCAUCUAUCACACAUGGUUUCACUUCACUUAUUUGUUUAUGGAGUAAACAUUAACUUAUGAAGAUUUGACAAUUGCCUGAGUUGAUACAUCAUGUGCUUUUAAUUUUGUCAGGGUUACAUCAUUGUGAUUGUAAAAAGAGUAAAAGCUGCUGUGGUGUUCACUGUGACAGAUUAGCAAGCAAGUUUCAAGUCUCUGCAAGUUGAACAGUGAGAGUUUUCUGGACGACUUUUAAAAACUAAACCAGAACUUGGAAAAUGUUCAGCUGUAGUAAUGUAAAUGCAAAAAAAAGAAAAAAAAAAAACAUUGGUAUGGUCCUUUUAAUUUAGCAUGUUUUCAGAACAAUAGCUGAUCCUCUGACAAUGUUGAUGGUGUGUUCAUUAUGCUGCAGACUCUUGGUGCUAUGGUACAUGAUUUAGAACUGCUGGCAUGCACAGUGUGCUGUCAUAUGAACACAACGUCAGAUAUCAACAAAAGUGGUAGCUGUUAGGACAAAUAGUCGAUUAAACAUCUGUACAUUAUUCUUUACAGGAUGUUUUAAAGUUUCUGACAUCUUACAAUGCAGCACUACUCUAGGCACAACAGUAAUUUAAACGUUGAGAAGUGGUUAUCAGGGAACAGUUUUCCCUCAUGGAUGUUAGUAUUUUGGAAUCAAAUGCCUUCAAUCUGCAAUCACAGUACAUGUUGGCGCACUAAAGAAGUACUUAUUGAAUCCCAUCUGUUUACAGAAUGUGGUGAUCGGGGCCACUUGGAUCUCAGAUUCAAAUUUUUUUAAGUUCAGUUGAACGGACUCUAAGCACUUAUCUACCUGGACGAUUCAGCAUACCUCUUCUUAUGGGUAAGGACUGUAUGAUAGACAUGUAGGCAGUUUCUGUGGCAUUGUUUCUAACUUUUUACAGUGGUUACUUCAUUGUAUUUGUAUAUUUUGGUGAGCCAUUUUUUACGUGUCCUUUUAUUUUAAAUACCUGCAAACAUGACUGUUAAAUGCAGAUUCAGUAAUUUUGAUUUCUUUCUUUCUUUCUUUCUUUCUUUCUUUCUUUCUUUCUUUCUAAUCUCUGAAUGCUCAAAUGACCUGUGUUUUGUUGAGAUUUUUUUGUAAAUAUUGUGCAACAUGUCAUGUUUUGUUUAUUUGAUAUGAAAAAAGUUUUAAAGAAGAGAAAAAUAGGCCAUUUUUGUUGAGAAAUAAACAAAAAGCAUGAGAAUUCUCCAGUGUGGUGUGGACUUAAGACUAUGGAUUUGAAUAUCUGCUGACAAAAUGAUUGCUGUUUUGUUAAAAAGCAUUUAAUCUGAAUAUAGUAUAAAGCAUCAUCAUUUCUCAUGAAAUAACUGCAUAUAACUGACUAUACACAGACACAUAUUCUAAUCAACGUAUUUGAAGCUUUAAAGUCGCAGGAGCAAACCUCUGAGGAGUUUGCUCCAUAAUCCAUCAUCUCAUUCUUAAAAAUCAGCCAACACAUAAAAAGAUGUUUUUAAAAAGGUACAAUCCUUUCCUUCUAGUACCCACAUGUAGGCAUUAUAAGGUGCUUCAUAUCCAAAACAUACUGGGCUUCCUUGGCACUGAAUCCUCAUCAUGGCUAACUGACUGGACUUGGUCCCACGUGACUUGAGGAUCAAUGUUGAUGGCUGGAUCAUUGAUACAGUUUGUGCCCCUGUUU